AGCAACUAGAGGAGCUUAAUUCACCCGCCAAUAUUCAUUGUCCUAUUUUCUUGUGUAAAAAGUUUGCGGGAUUGGUCUACAGCACGAUUAAAGAUAUUGAAAAUGUUUGUUCAGAAACGGGGAGGCCGUACUGAAAGUGUCCAUUUUGACAAGAUCACUUCAAGAAUCCAAAAGCUUUGUUAUGGCUUGCACAAAGAUUUUGUUGACCCAGCUGCAAUAACAUUAAAGGUCAUCAAUGGUUUGUAUCCUGGGGUGACUACUGUUGAGUUGGACAAUUUAGCUGCCGAAACUGCAGCCACAAUGACCACAAAGCACCCUGACUAUGCCAUUCUUGCAGCUAGAAUAGCAGUGUCCAAUUUGCAUAAAGAGAGCAAAAAGCUUUUCAGUGAUGCAAUGGCUGAUCUUUAUAACUGGAUUAAUCCUAAGACAGGAAAACAUUCCCCUAUGAUUUCUGAGGAAGUUCACAACAUCAUUAAAAACAAUGCAGAUCGGUUGAAUUCUGCCAUCAUCUAUGAUAGAGAUUAUUCAUACAAUUAUUUUGGUUUCAAGACUUUGGAAAGAUCUUACCUUUUGAGAAUAAAUGGCAAAGUUGCUGAACGUCCUCAACAAAUGUUAAUGAGAGUUGCUGUUGGCAUUCAUAAGGAAGACAUUGAUGCAGCCAUCGAGACAUACAACCUGCUGUCAGAGAAAUGGUUUACUCAUGCCUCACCUACAUUGUUUAAUGCUGGAACAAAUAAACCUCAAAUGUCAAGCUGUUUUCUGUUGACCAUGCACUCUGAUAGCAUUGAGGGUAUUUAUGAAACUCUGAAAACAUGUGCUUUCGUCUCAAAAAGUGCUGGUGGUAUAGGCCUUAAUGUUCACUGCAUCAGGGCUACUGGGAGUUACAUAGCUGGGACCAAUGGAACCUCAAAUGGUCUGAUUCCAAUGCUGAGGGUUUAUAACAACACUGCUAGAUAUGUUGAUCAAGGAGGAAACAAGAGACCCGGAGCAUUCGCAAUUUACUUGGAACCUUGGCACGCUGAUGUGUUUGAGUUCCUAGACCUGAAGAAAAAUACAGGAAAGGAGGAACAAAGAGCAAGAGAUCUCUUCUAUGCCAUGUGGAUUCCAGACCUUUUCAUGAAACGAGUGGAAGCUAAUGAAGACUGGACACUCAUGUGUCCAAGUGAAUGUCCAGGACUUGCUGAUGUGUGGGGGGAAGAGUUUGAAAAACUGUAUGAAAGUUACGAGGCACAGGGUAAGGGAAGAAAGACAAUUAAGGCCCAAAAGUUGUGGUAUGCCAUCAUUGAGUCGCAGACAGAGACUGGAACCCCAUACAUGCUGUACAAGGACAGUUGUAACAGGAAGUCUAACCAACAAAAUCUGGGCACCAUCAAGUGCAGUAACCUGUGUACAGAAAUUGUUGAGUACAGUUCACCUGAAGAGGUGGCAGUCUGUAAUUUGGCCUCCAUUGCCCUCAACAUGUAUGUUAGACCUGACAAGACAUUUGACUUCGAGAAACUACAGUUAGUUACCAAAGUUGCUGUCAGAAACCUCAAUAAAAUUAUUGAUAUCAAUUAUUACCCUGUCCCUGAAGCUGAGCGCUCCAAUCGUCGCCACAGACCCAUAGGACUGGGUGUUCAAGGUCUGGCCGAUGCUUUCAUCUUGAUGAGAUUUCCAUUUGACAGUCCAGAGGCAAAGCAGUUGAAUAAAGAAAUCUUUGAGACAAUUUACUUUGCUGCACUUGAUGCCAGUUGUGAGCUUGCUGAACGAGAUGGUCCUUAUGAGACGUAUGCUGGAUGUCCUGUCUCAAAGGGAAUUCUUCAGCAUGAUAUGUGGGAUGUGAAACCCACUACUAGUUUGGACUGGGCUGGUCUUAGGCAGCGUAUUACCAAAUUUGGAGUACGAAACAGUCUUUUGAUGGCCCCCAUGCCUACUGCAUCUACCGCACAAAUUCUGGGUAACAAUGAGUCCAUAGAAGCAUACACAAGCAAUAUCUACACAAGACGAGUUCUUUCAGGGGAGUUUCAAAUUGUAAAUCAGCAUCUCCUAAAAGAUUUAACAGAAAGGGGAAUGUGGAAUGAAGAUAUUAAAAAUCAAAUUAUUGCCGCCAAUGGUUCUGUUCAAAACAUAAACUCGAUUCCAGAUGAUCUCAAAGCACUUUAUAAAACAGUGUGGGAAAUAAAACAGAAGGUUGUACUUGAAAUGGCAGCAGAUCGUGGUGCAUUUAUCGACCAGAGUCAGUCACUAAAUAUCCACAUUGCUGAACCAAACUAUGGAAAGCUGUCAAGCAUGCAUUUCUAUGCAUGGAAACUGGGAUUGAAAACUGGCAUGUACUACUUGCGCACAAAGCCAGCAGCACAAGCUAUACAGUUCACUGUGGACAAGACGAGGUUGUCUGAGACCAACAAAACCAACACAAGGGCCGCAGCCCCCACAGACAAGACAGAUAAAAUUUCACUGGAGCAAACCAACGGUGCUGAUGCAGAGAGUGAAGACAAAGAAAACAAAAGGAACCAGAACAUGGCAGUUUUGGCCUGCUCGUUAAAGAACAGAGAGGAUUGUUUGAUGUGUGGGUCAUAAAUGUGUUCCUCAUUUUUUGGUAAUUAAUCAAUGAUUUACUUAAAGUGAUGAAAAUGUUUCAUAUUUGUGAAUAUAUUAUUGUAUAUUUAGUGCAUUUAAGAAUGUCUUAUUAGUGUGUUCAUUAUUGACAAAGGCAAUUUUUAAUUAUGUCAAAGGGGAUUAAUCUAUUUUUCCUUCCAACUUAUGUAAAUCCACUUAGGCUCUAUGAUUUAUGCAUAAUCUUUAAACAGCAGAUGUUUAAACAUUUUAGUUAUCGUCCAAGCUUUAUCAAAUCACCAUAUUAAUGCAAUUUUCAUUUUAUUUGUAGGAGUUAGAGUAUUAGAAGUAUUGUGGGAUUUUUCUAGAAUGUCAAGUAUACUUUUGUAUAAACAUCCAUCUUUUUUGCAAUUUUCAUUCUGUUCCAAGUAGUGUUUUUGUUUCAUACAUUUUCUGUAUAUUUAUACCCAUGUGCAUCAAUUUUUGUUUUUCUAAAUGUCUUCUCCUGAGCUCCAUGUGUUUAUUGUUUAGUGAAUUCUAACUUCCUAUUGUCAUACACAUCAUUUAUAAAAUGAAUAAAAAU